AUGACUGAAGCAGUGACGGAGAAGCUCAUUCGGGAGCGGUUGGAGAGCUCUGGAGAAUUAGGAAAGAUGCGGGCUAUGGUCGUCGAUGCCGCUCUCAGGUCUAUUUCAAAGGAUUCUACGACGACGGCGAAGCUGUUUGCUCCAGCCCCCACAUUAAAAGCAGCAAGAGAAGACAACGAAGGCAAACAAGCUCUGACCAUUGUGAUGGAUUACCUGGAGUAUCUCGGUUUGACUUACACUUUGAGCGUACUCAAACAAGAGGCAAAUUUGAAUGAAAACACAUUGGAUGAAAAAGAAGUGGUCUUGCGUGCACUCAACUUGUCCGAUACGACGAGCCCGAUUCUGACUACACUUAUUAAGGCGGUAGGCACUGAGGAUAGUGAGACUCAACGAAAGUUUAAAGGCACUACUGUGGCUUCUACAACUCCUCCCCCACCCUCCUCAAAGGUUGCUGUGGCAACAAGGAAAGUAGAGAGUGGUGAGGACACUACAUACUUUAUAUCGAAGUGGGCAGGUCAAACUUUUUAUCGCUGCGGAGGCCAGGUGAGCGGCCAGCAAGUUCAAUUGGAGUAUCUCACUGAUUGUACCACAUACAUCUUGGAUCCACUGGACAGUAUUACCGUGGAUGAUUGUGAGGGCGGUGAACUUGUUAUUGCUGCUUGUGAAGGUAGCGUGUUUCUGCGCAAUUGCAAGAGCAUGACUGUGUAUGUGGGCUGUAAGCAGUUACGAGCACGUGACUGUGAGCACAUUGUGUUUCAUCUGUUUGCAUCAACAGAUCCAGUUAUAGAGUCAAGCCAUCAUAUGACAUUCAAACCCUUUAACUUGCGCUUACCGGAGCUGAAGAGCUGCUUCAAGUCAGCUCAUUUAGAUCCCAAAUUGAAUCGGUUCGUGCAUGUGUACGACUUCACCGAAGAUGACACCAAACUGCCAAGACCCCACUUUACUGUUCUCUACCCGAAUCAUGGACUUCACAUGACCGAUCGUUGCAAGGAAAAGGGCAAACCUGAGUGCCCACCGGAAAUUGAGGAUCUUCUUGAGGGGCGAAUAGCCCCUGCCUCCAGUUCAGAAUCUGGACGGAACAAGAGUUACGACAUAAAAACAGCUGCUCAGAAGUGGACAGAGUCAUCCCCAGAUUUUAGCGAUAUAGAGCGGGAGGAGAAAGUGUCUGCCUCCGAUGAAGCAAGAAAGCCGGCUGCAAGCUCACAGCCGCUUGCACAGAAGCAAGCUCCGCUAGCGAAGCCAACGGUUCCCACUCAAGCAGCUCCUGUCAUGGCAGCGGUGCAUGGGGCGUCGGAUGAAUCAUAUUCUUCCUUUGAUGACGACGGCGAUGACGAUGACGCUGAAGAUGACGCGCUCGAUGUGGAUGAGGAUAGCGAUGAUUUUUAG